ACGAAUGCCAAACAACUUAAUUGUCGGGACUUUUUCAGUCUUCCUGAACAGCCUCAUUCCGUCUUCCUGAAGUUAGACAGUUUUAAAUGAAUUACCCUCAAAGAAAAGAAUUGCUGUAUUUUUAAACAGCAACAGAAGUGAAUCAACAGCUCAGCCAAGUACAAGACACCAAAGUUGUUUUUCAGAAAACACUAUGGAACAUGGGCAACUUUUUCAGUGACUCAGGCCAAACAAACCAAAGAAAUCCUGAAUUGAUUUCAGUCCUCACAACAUCAUUCUGUAACUCUCCCCCCCUCCCCCGCGAUGUAGAUAGAUGUAGGCAUGGUAGGAGUGUGUGAUUUAGCAUGUUGGUCUCCUGUCACACUUAGCAUAUGCCUUCCCUAGGCUAAAAUAUGUUUUUGAUGUGUCACUAAGACAUUUGUUAAAACCCUGGUGGUGUGCUGUGGAAAAGAACUUCAGGGGCUGAGCUCUUUUGCUUGGGAACACCCAUCCUGCCUAGCAUAUGGGAUUGCUUGCCCAAAUGGUCACUUUGGCAGCUGUGGGAUCCCCAGUCUCUUUGUUAUUGGGGCAGGAGUAAGAAAGGGUUGUUAUCCUGGUUAUGUGAAUCAAGGACAGUAGAACUGUACCUGGCAUUUUAUGACUGAGGGACUCACCCUCAACUAAGCAACACUUGCUAAGCAGCGGACAUGGGUUCCACAGCCCAGUGAGUUGAGGCGUAGUAGUUGGGUUGUGUUCAGUAUGGGCCCUUGCCUGAGGGGCUUAAAUGCUAUGUUGACCCUUCCUCUCUCCACUGUGUAAUAAUAGAGCUAAUUUAGAUUCAAGUAAGAGUUUUGUUACAUGCUGCAGAGCUGAAAUCACUGAUACCUAGGUUUACACAUUAGACCUACUCUGAGCUAGUGGUUCUGAUGUAAGAAGGCUAUCCAGGUGCAUUAGCUGUGAGGCUCCCCUACUAAGUGAUGAAAUCACUGAAAGCUGGAUGGGUUGGUUGGGGGGGCUGAAGACAUAUUGGUGAGUGGCUAGAGGAGAGGUGUGGCUGGCUGGUAGAGAGGCAUGGCUAGCGGAGAGGACUGUAGCAGAACCCCACAGAGAGGCGUGGCAAUCGGCCAUCGAGGGCCUGGGUAGCAGAGAGUAUAAGGUGCCUCCAUACCUCCCCCCCGUCCACCCAUGCUGGGAGGUGAACUCUGCAGAUGAACUUCUGAAUUCUGGGGCUGCACUGACCAAGGACAGCAUCUGUGAGUUGGAUGACUUUCGAGUUGCUGGACUUAAGACCCUGAGGGGAAAAGGACACUGCCAAACUUCCUUGAGAUGGCCAAUGAAGCGAGACCUUGCCCAUGUGACAUUGGAGACAGGUUUGAGUAUGGGGGCCUUGGGCACGAAGUGCAAGUUGAACACAUCAAGGCGUAUGUUUGCAAACCAUCUGCCAGCACGGAAAAAGCUGUGAUUGUGGUUCAAGAUAUAUUUGGAUGGCAACUCCCAAAUACCAGAUACAUGGCUGAUAUGCUUGCAGCUAAUGGAUAUAUAGCCAUCUGCCCAGACUUCUUUGUGGGACAAAAACCUUGGGAACCUUCUGAUGACUGGUCCACCUUUAAUGACUGGCUGAAAACUCGAGAUGCCAGCAAGGUAGACAGGGAAGCUGAUGUUGUCUUGAAGUAUCUAAAGGAGCAAUGCAAUGCAAAGAAGAUCGGUGUCAUUGGAUUUUGCUGGGGUGGAAUGGCUGUACAUCACUUGAUGCUGAAAAAUCCUGAAUUAAAAACUGGGGUGGCCAUAUAUGGAGUAAUUAAGUACUUUGAGGAUAGAUACAGUUUGCUCCACCCCACAUUCUUCAUUUUUGGUGAAAAUGAUGAUUACAUCCCUCUUGAACAAGUCACCUUACUGGAGCAGAAACUAAAACAACACUGUAAAGUUGAUUACAGAGUUAAAAUUUACCCUGGACAAACUCAUGGUUUUGUACAUCGCAAGAGAGAAGAUAUGAACCCUCAAGAUAAACCUUACAUUGAAGAAGCAAGAAAGGACAUGCUCAACUGGCUAAAUAAAUACCUUUAACAAAAGUAUACUGCUAGAUCUGUAAAACACAAUCCAAUAAUUUGUUAGGCAGACUUUAGAGCACAUUAUAAUUCUAUUUUUGGAAAAAAUAAAAAUCAUUUUAAAUUUAAGUAGAAGAUUAAAAAAAGAUAAAUAGUUGAUUAUUUACUUUUCGGCAGUAACACUUUCCAACAAUUUUUAUUUGUAUUUUUUAAUGUCCUUUAAUAAGUUGAUACCAAAAUAUUUUCAAGUGUAUAACACCUUAAAUCUAGAAAAAAGUUUUGAAAUCUGACCUACAUAUCUUAAGAUUGUAACAAUGUGCUUUGAGAUAUACCUCUAUCUAAGGGGUUCAUAUAUCCCUUGAUAUUUAUGAGUAAUUGUAAUAAAAGCUAAUGAUAGUUAUGUAAA